AUGAAAUCGUCGAUCUUCAACGAUGCCAAACCGAGAACCAAACCCAAGCGGCCGGCUCCGGUGCAUGCCAAUGGAAGCAUCAAGAGGCUGCUAGCACCUCCGUCGUCGGCGUCCACCACCCCGAAAAAACUGUGGAACUUGGACGAGUUGAUCUCGGCGUACCAAGAGCUGGGCGAACUCCCGCCGAUUCUCUCGCCCACGCUCCCUAAACGCGAUGGAGAAGAGCUGAUAUCCCUGCUACCGUUGCUUCUGCCUACAUUGCCGCCGAUUUUCACGGCAGUGCUGCCAUCUAAGUCUCCGUCGAAGGCGGCUACCCCUCGGGAAACCAGUCCUGCGCCGACCCAUAAGUACCGGGUGAAAUGGAUCAGUCAGAUGGAGGCGGCGAAGCCCCGGUUUUUGGUUCGAAUAACUUUUGACCCGGCCUACUAUCGCACACGAAUAAAGGCCCUGCUGGCGGCCCUGCUGGCAACCCUGCUGGCGGCCCUGCUGGGGGCCCUGAUGGCUAAGCUUAAGCUGCCGAUGAAACUUCAAGGGCUCGGCAUCACUCUGAGCCAAUCACCAGCCCCAUCAACACAAGCUGAUCCUGAAGCCAUUGCUAAUAAGAACCACUGGCUUGGUCUCGCUCGAACCGCUAAGACGCAGUGCUUAGAGAAAGAGAGUGACGAUGUGAGGGCUCUCGUGGCUGGCUUGGACGCGGUGCUCAUGUACAUUAUUAGCCACGACAUCGAUGAACGGAUCAGAGUGGCUACCAACGGGUUGCCGCUGGAGCGCCACUGGAGGGCGUUGGACGCCGACAUCAAAGCCGUGAUUCAACGCCUUGCCAAAGCCAACCCUCCCCACUCACUGCUUGCUGAGUUCUUUAAUCUUUUUACCAAAUUACUUCACACUUGUCGAGCCGUUAUCCAGUUGAGGAUUCAUAGCGUGUUGAGGAAAGUGGCGGCCCUGUAUAACGCCAAGGGCACUGAGCAGAAAGUGAUUAGUGUUCAAUCAGAGGCGUUGAAGGCUUAUGACAACUUUUCCGAUUGCCUUGUGGCAGCUAAGCCAGCACUGAUUUACUCAUUAGUGCCAUCACGUCUUCCUCAAACAUUCCGUCGCAAGCAAACCAGCCUAGAAAAACCACCACUGGAGUCACGGGUGGACCCCAAAGAUCGCAUCCGUCCAUCUAAAGCUUCAUUUUAUCUCCCUAUUGGUCCAUACCUGACAUUGAGCGAGAUGGCGGGGUUGUUGUACUCUGCCACGAACGAGUUUAUCGAGAUAUUCAACAAUAACUCCGGCAAAAGAAUGGAGUAUACCUUGAAUGCCAAUUGA